GCGGAGCCGGGGCGGAAGCGGCCGGCCCGGGUGCCUUCACUGGAUGAUUUCUACCACAGAGGUGUACUUAUAUAGAAUCUGUCUCAACUUCCAUGGUGUCAAGAUUUACCCAAAUAAAAUAUCUUGUGGUAAAGUAGGAACUUAAUCUCAGGAAGAAGAUGAAAGAUAAUGUCGCUGAAGAACAUUUAUAUUUGGCUUUUUCUCAUCAGUACAGAGAUAGUAUCUUUCCUCUUCAUACAUCUAUCUCACUGUUUUUGCUCUCCUACUGUGACUGCAAAUUAUUUAAAGUUUUCUUAGUGCCGACUGGCGAAGAUGUGGGCGAUCAAUGUGUGGCAAAAAACCUCGCUGGCGACCUUGAGGUCCACUUAAUCUCCAGGUGUCAGCUUCCAGUGGUUGUGCAGAGCUGCAGUUUGCCUGCUGUUGUCGUGAAAGACGACAAAUUCUGCCGAGCUGGGCUUUCUGUGGUCUUAAGACAUAUAAUACAGAAAACAUUCGAGGCAGAUCCAUCUAAAAAGGAGGUUUUGGAACUCUUGGGCUUUAAGAAGACCUGCUUAAAAGCCUGUGCUGAAGUUAGCCAGUGGACCAGGCUCUGUGAGAUCAGCAUACCUCUGGCUGUUGAAAGAUUUUUGACAGCCUCUUCUGAGCACUGCCAGGCUAUUCCUCCUGACAUUUUACUGCUGGAAAGGAAGCUUGGAGAACCUGUCCGAGUACAUAAUGAUGACAAAAUUCGAAGGCAGAAACUUCAACAACAGAAGGCAGGUGCCAAGGCUGCAGUGCCUGUGCUUGGUGAAGAAGCAACAGGGGAAUUAAAACCAGAAGUCCAUGAACAUCCACCCUCAAGUUUGGAACUGAGUGUAGCUUUCUCCAAACUACUUGCCCAGGAAGCACCAGAUGCAAACAGAGAGGCCCCUAACAUCAGGAGAACAAAAACCUCUGACCUUCCUCUCUUGGACCACGUUUUUGCAGAAGGGCUUUAUUUUACUGUGGCAGAUCUAGUGCUUUUACCAUGCAUUCAUCAGUUCUUGGUUUCCAGCAAGAAACAAGGCAAAAAUCUGGUAAACUUACCACUGAUAUCCAGUUGGUAUCGAAGAGUUCAAGAAGUACCUGGGGUAAAGAAAGCUGCUGGCAAAUGCAACAUGGAGCUUCUCCAGCUUCCAGAGUUGGUGUCUGCUCCUGAGGAGCAGCUACAAGACUCUGCUUCAGUUCCUGAUGAGUUAGAAGAGGAUCAUGAAGACAGUCAUUUUAUAGGUGGUCCAAGGCCAACCAUGACUAAGUUAAUGGAAAAUGGAAUUGAAGCAAAGUUUUCUCCUCAUCCAUGCCCCAGCUGGACCCUAGACUGGACCAGUCUUCCAUCUGCUGUCAGUCCUGGGGAAGGAAAGAUGUCUCAAGACCGGGCUCUCAGGAAGCAGCAGCAGCUGAACAAUCUGGUAGCAGCAGUGACAAAGCUCGCAAAACCUGGAGAUUUGAUUGUGGAUUUUUGCAGUGGAGGGGGCCAUGUUGGAAUUGUUCUUGCUUAUAUGAUGCCAUCGUGUCAGGUGGUACUCAUAGAAAAUAAGGAGUUGUCUCUGAUCCGUGCUAAAGACAGAAGUGAUGAACUGGGUUUAAAUAACAUUUGGUUCAUUCAAGCAAAUUUGGACUAUUUUAAUGGAACUUUUAACAUUGGGGUGGCCCUGCACGCCUGCGGGGUGGCCACGGACAUGGUGAUUGAGCACUGCCUCAGGGCACGGGCAGCCUUUGUCAUCUCCCCCUGCUGCUACGGCUUCAUUCAAAAUACAGUCAAGUUCAAAUAUCCACGAAGUCAUCAGUUCAAAGAAAUUUUGUCCUACAAGGAGCACAUGAUCCUUUGCAGAUUUGCAGAUCAGACAGCUGUUCAGCUUCCACCUGAACGCAGGCUAAUUGGAAAGCAGUGUAUGGGACUUGUGGAUCUGGAUCGGGCAUGGGCUGCGGAAGAACAUAACUACUCAGUCCAAGUUAUAUCCAUGGAGCCGGAGAGUUGUUCUCCAAAGAACAAUAUGUUUGUGGGCAUCCCUACUGAGUGUGAAAGUAUUUGAUUUGAAGCUGAACAUAAAUCUUCAGUGCAUAAUGACAUCCAGCAGAUAGAGGCAGCGCUGGGAAGCAGACAUCCUGCAUCUUGAACGCAUUGCCUUCGGAAAGGGAAUCAGCCCCCAAAGUCCUAAAAAGCAAACUGCAUGCAGAGCAUCACAAAUCAACUUGUAAUGUGUCAUUAAGCGACUUUUGGUUCUCAUACUGAGAAGUUUCUGGAUCUAAUGACUGUGCAUGGAAUUAUAUCCAUCUGUAAAAGUUUAGGAAAAACUGGCUUUGCUGAAGGAAAGGUGAUUUCCUUUUCAGUAAAGCUGUGUCUUGGCUGCUUGGAAAUUGCAUUUGUGGUCAAAACAGCAUUUGUGUUCAUAAGCAGAGCAGUUAUCAGCCAGCAGUGCUGAUCACCAGAGGAACAGAGAAGAUCAAGUUUAUUGUGUUACUGAAGAUGGCUGUGCAACAGGUGGUGGCCUGACUUUGCUAAAGAAUUCCAUACUACUGUAGGAGAUUAUUUUUAAUAAAAGUUCAUCAGAAUA